AUGGGCCAAAGGGUACGACCUUGUUCGGCUGGUUGCCGGGAAGGAAGAAGGGGGGCAGGGGAGUCUGAAAGAAAGCAACUUACCAGACAGAACAUUGCGUCACAGCGCCUUCAAGACGAGCUCCUGCAAAGGAUGCGGAGGCGAUUGUCGGGCCACGGGAGAGGAACGUGUUUGCCGGCCGGCGGAGGUAUGUACUUCCAGGAUCGGGAGAUUGCACACUCGAGUCUGUUCACGUCCGAGUGUCUCUUGAGUCGGGCUGACGGUAAUAGCGAUCCGACUGACCGACCUCGGCCCGGCCCGGUCCGGCCCGUCCUGGCCCGGGUUGAAUCGCGAUGGAGGGCCGAGUAG